UACUUUUUACUUCAAUAAAUUAUGUUUAAAUAAAAAAUAUGCGAUUUAAAUAAAAAAACGCGCAAAGUUGAUACGUGUUUACAUUUGCUCGUAUCCGCUUUCAAUCCGUGUAAAUAUAUACAAAGGCAUAAAUUUUCGUAUUUGGUUACGCACUUUAGAUUUCAGCGUCGAGGUAUCGUAAUACUUCCGGUAAAUAUUUCAAUGUCCACUUUUUGUUCGGAUCACGCGGAGUCGGGAUAAAACUCUGACAAAGGUCAGUGGACAUUCGAGGCCGCAAUAUUUUAGUUAUCUCUUCCUUAAUCUGAAAUUACAUCAUCUAACGGCCGUAGGAACAUUUGCGACGCAGUACUCCCCGAACAAUCUCUAUAACAAUAACGUGCCAUAAAAUUUAUUACGUCACAAUGCGCGAUUGCGCCUGUUGCAAUCCGGCAAAAUUGGUGAAAGUGCGCCACACAGAGACGUUCAGAGCUGUGAAAAAAAGAACGCGAACCUAAGAAAUGUAUCGUGCAACAUUUGUAAGUGCACGCUAAAAACAAUGCCUGCUGCUCUUUCUUUCUUUUUCUUUUUACAAAAAGUAUUCGUACACGUGUGCUCGCUCUAAAAAUGUUUCGUGGAAAGGUCUCUUCUUCUUUAAAUAUCUUUCUCCUUUGAUCACAUUUUGCGGCACUUUUUAAGAUGCAGUGUCACCCGUAGAGCAGUUAGGUACUAACGAAACAUGUACUUACGUGUACGUAGAGAAAGAACAACUGGAAGCGACGUGUAAACUGACGCGGGAAUCGAUCGGCCCCCAUCAUCGGGCUGUAAUACCGGUUACAUCAUUGACGCGUGUCUCCGGAAAGGGGAGGAAAGAUGUCCGAGUACUGCGAAUAUAUGUGGUGCGAUCCCGCUCGUGGUCGCAGCAGUUUGGCGUUUAGCAUUUACGAAGAGGGCGGCAGAUUCGAUAAACGUGAUAAGAAGCUGGCUAUUAAGACUGUCAGGUCUAUACUUCGACAAAUGCCGGAUGUAGACCUGGAGCAUUGCACGGACGAGUAUAUCACGCGCUUCCUGCUAGCCCGGAAGUACCGCACUGAGCAGGCGGCGGCCCUGAUAGCCGCUUAUCAGGCGCAAAUAACGCAUCGCCAGGAUAUCUUCGGCAAUCUCACCGCCCGGGACCCGGCGUUGCAGCGCGCGCUCCGCGCAGGCAUACCGGGUGUCCUGCCCGCGCGUGACAGGAAAGGGAGAUGCGUGCUGGUUAUUUUGGCGUCGCAAUGGGACCCCGUGGCCGUGCCAGCGUUGUCCGUGCAACGAGCGAUCUUCUUAGUUCUGGAGAUACUUAUUCAAGAUCCUCGAAAUCAGCAAUCCGGUUUCGUCGCCGUGAUAGACUGGAGCGGAUUCUCGUUACGGCAGGGCGGCGCGCUGGGGGCAGCGGCUCUGCGAAACCUAAUAGCUGCUCUACGUGGGCGAUUCCCCGCCCGAUUCAAGGCGAUACACUUCCUCUCGGCGCCGCUCUACGUCCAAGCGACUCUCGCCCUGGUGAAGCCGUUUUUGGACGAGAAGACGCGGAAUAAGAUUUAUCUGCACGGCAACAAUCUCAGUACGCUUCACGAACACCUGCCGACGGACAUCCUGCCGGCGGAGCUCGGCGGAACGGGGCCAGCCUUCAACCCGGGACUGUGGGCCGAGCCGGUCAUCCACUCGGCGAUGAAAGAGGCUGAGCUCGCCGCUGCCGCCGCCGCUAAAAAGGGAAAAGAGCGUCACAUCGACGUGCAAGAACCGCCCAGCCUUCGAGACGGAUCGGAAACCGCAAACGGAGACCCUCAGACGAGCGAUAGCCCGAACGUCUCGACGAACGCGGAUAAAACAUCUCUGAACAACUCCGACGAUCACGUGAAGCGCUCCACCGGGAGGGCGACGCGGUUGGACGUGGAGCUAAAUGUGAUAAAUAAGCGAUCAAACGGGCAGAAAGAGACGACGGGACUUGCGACAAGAAACGGCGAGGACGGCGUCAAAGAACAAUUACACGAACGAAUCACUAACGGAAAUCUAGACGAGACGCAUCAUCGCGACGACGGAACGGAUCGGCCCAGGGAUACGAAUGACUUGGAGUUCCUCGACGCGGACAUCAACUUGAACGAGUUCGAGAUGAUCCACAGCAGGACGUGCAGCGAGAGCAGCAAGGACAACUCGCUAGACAAUAGAUUGGAAGGGAAAGCUCUCAUCGCCACCGGCAACAGCGAAACGCCGUCGGAAAAAACGAAUCUCAUAACGUAACGGCGAUCUCCGUAGAUCUAAGUACUUGUAAUGCCUGCUGAUAGAAAUCUCUUCCCGCUGACAAUGAGUUCUUCUUACAAGCGACGCGAUUCUGCGAAUAAACUCCAAUAUUCUCGGGACAUUGUAAUUUCUUUUUAUUAUCGACAAUAGCAGCGCAUUUCCUUCUGGACUAUCUUCCUAAGUGUAAUUUGGUUUGGUGCUUCUCUGGUUGCGGAUUUCCGGAAGCUCUCCUAGAAUGUAUAAAAUCAGAAGGUGAAAUUUUUAUAUCGAUCCUAAAAUACCGUUAGAAGUGAGAAUUCAAAGCGCACUGAAAAGCCCUCGGACGUUUUUACCCUUAAACUGUACUUACGUGAAACGUGCAAAAAUAUUAAAUUUGAACUGAAGCUUAUAAAAAAAAGCACGAUAUAUUCUGUUUUUUUACAGUAUUAUACGAUUAUGACAAUUGUUAAAACUGUGGUACCUGUUUUACAAAUUAUAUAUAGGCAGCUCUUCCUAAAAGAUGUAAUUAGUAUCACAGGGCUGUAAUAGAAAGAUAAGGGCCGUUCAUGGUAUUUCAUGAUCAUUCUUUACACAUUUUAACACGGGAAUCGGGUGUGUUAUGGUCAAAUGCCUCUUUAAUUGCUGUUAUGAGAGUUGAAGAACGAGUGAAUAUGAGACUUCGUGGAAGUUCAUACUCAUGUCACAUAAUGUCAUACACAUUUACAAAUAAUGCAGUUUUAUCUAGAACUGGUGAUUUCCUUCGAAGGCUUCGACAUUCGAACUUUCCAAGCUUCGAAUCACUUCGAAGCUUCGAAAAAUUUAUUCGUGUGAGUGGCGAAUUUAUUCAAAGAACAUAAAAAAUA